AACGAUAUAGCCUACACAGGGUAAAAAAAAACAACUAUUUCAAAAGUCCUAUCAGCUGAAUUUGUUCCAUGCAAAUACUUUUAAAUAUCUUGAAAAAUAGGGAAGUUUGCAAUGCUCAGAUAGCCAUAGGCUAUAGUUUUAUGGCAUAUGGCAGAAUGUAGCAAAGUAGCCUACACUUGCAUCUUUCUGUACUAUUUCUAAUACAUCAAACAAGACGUUAUAUAGCCUAGUAUUGUUUAUUAUUCAAGUAGAGACAGUAUUGCGUAAUACCAGCAUAUUGGAAGGCACAAUGACUGUAAACCUGUUAAUUGCAAUAAAUAAAGGCAGUUAAAAUAAGAGAGACCAACAUCAUAACAAUAGGCCUACUGUUUAGAAAAUACUAAACUGAAGAGACACGUUGGGAAGUGUCAAUGAUCCUUGUGGAUAACGUGAUGUCCAUGGCUAAGGUAUGGCCACUCCAACGUGUCAGGUAUUAGUAGCGCAAGUCCGAUUAAAUGUGGUACGCAGGAGCACGGCGAGAACUGUCAUGCAAGUGGUGAGUGGUGGAGUGUGGUGGCGGAGAGCGCGGCGACUACAGAGACCUGGAAACUAGUGAAUGGCAAUCUGUCGGGGAAGUUCAACAGACCGCUGUCACAGAGCGACACAGGAGCCCUGCGUAAAACAAAUUGGCGCGUCUUCAAGUCUGGGGCGGCUGACCAACUCCGAAAAGAGGACACACAAGUUCGGAGGAGCUGCUAAUCACUUGUUACCGGCGCUUUGCUCCCAGUAACAUGCCUGCCAUCAAAAAGGAGAGACUGGAUGGGGACGUACUGGCAUUGGCUGCCUUCAACCAGUCCGAAUACCUGGCCCCUUUAAAUGCCACCGCUAUCACUGUGGUGACCCCACCGCAGUACGACCAUAUUUUCGCCCAUCACCGCGUGUACUUGGGGCUCCACGACACGGCACUGCAUCACCAGCACCUUCACCAUCACCCGGACGACUUAACGCUGGAGAGGUUUUCCUCCAUCCCCGACUUUCAGCCGUUUUUUGAGAACGGGGAACCAUGCAUCGAGGUGGAAUGCGGGGAGAACAAGGCUUUACUAUACAUUAACAAACUGUGCCAAGGUAGUAAGGGACCCUCAAUCAAAUACCGGGGCGAGUGGCUCACCCCGAAUGAGUUCCAGUUUGUCAGUGGAAGGGAGACCGCCAAAGAUUGGAAACGAAGUAUAAGGCACAAAGGGAAAAGUUUAAAGACCCUUAUGUCCAAAGGAAUCUUACAGGUACAUCCUCCAAUCUGUGAUUGCCCUGGGUGUCGAAUUUCGUCUCCAGUGAACCGCGGGCGUUUGGCAGAGAAGCGCACCAUCCCCCUGCCCCCCAACCGUGUGCCCAAGAGGGAGCUCUCUUCCGUCUUUAGCAGUGACGACAGCGAGGGCAGCGACCGCGCCAGCGGAGACCAUGCCCACAUCAAGCAGGAGGAUGAGCUGCAUUACAGUAUCAUAAGAAAGAGUCGUGACAGUGACCUCUCUACGAUCAUCUCCAACCUCCACCAUACCAGACAGCACGGCAUGCCCGAGAGCCAGCCCGCAACUGACCUCAGCACCAACACAGGACACACAGAAGACCUUCUAGGCAAGAGGAGAGCCUACUCCCCCAACAGCAGCAGCAAGUGCCCCUCGGACAUCAAGAAGUCACGCAGCGUUUCCCCCAAAGAAAAAUCCCACACCCCUGUGCUGGAGGGGGGCGGCCACAGUCACAUGACCCCGGAGGAGCAAUACAGGCGGAUGAUGUCAGCGCUGAACGAGCAAGGCUCCUACGAGGAGCAGCAGCAGCGCCUCUACCAGCUGGCCAACAACAUGGGCCUGCCCAGCCAUGAUCUGUUGCGAGUGCGCCAGGAGGCCCUGGCAGCAGUGAGGAACACGGGGGGUUUGGAGGCCCAUCUCCCUUCAGCAGGCAGCUCGUCCAGCCAGAGACGCAAGCAGGGCCUGCCCCAGCACAGAGACGCCCACUACACUGAGAGGGAGAUGUCCCAUCCUCCGCCUCUGCUGUCCACCCAGAAUGCCCCUCACAUCGCAUUGGGACCCCACCUGCGGCCCCCCUUCCUGGGCAUGCCCUCUGCCCUGUGCCAGGCCCCUGGCUAUGGUUUCCUCCAGCCUGCCCAAGCUGAGAUGUUUGCCCGGCAACAGGAAAUGCUUCGGAAGCAGAACUUGGCCAGGUUGGAGAUGUCAGCAGAGCUGCUCAGACACAAGGAGCUGGAGAAUCUCCACAGGCAGCAGCAGCAGCGUGCGUUGGGGGGUUCUGACCCCCUGGGCCUACCCCACAGCCUCCCUCCGGACCACCCCGCCCUGCGCAGCCUCCACCACCUGCCCGAGGGCCACCCACUCCAUGAAGAGCUCAGCCGACGCCAAAACGCCAUGCUGGUGCUCCGACACACCAACACCCCCAUGCUCUCCCUCAACCACCAGGGGCUCUCGGGGGCCACAACGCCCAAAGAUGCCCAGGGACAAGGCUCUGGGGCUGGGGCCGGAUUCAGGAAGGGGGGCUCCCGGAAAGGCCCCCAGCAGCCUAGGGGGGGAGAGCACCAAGAGAGGGAGGGCCGAGGGAGGGACGGAGAUGCAGACGGGCAGGAUGAAGAAAUUAAGGACUCGGAUAGUGAGACGGAGAUGGGGGAGGAUAGGCAUGAGGGCUCGGGUGCCAAGGCAAACGACUGGCACGGGCUUCACAGGGACAGGGGGAAAGAGAGCAGCGGGAAGGGGGGGUGUGACGGUGCCAAAGAGGCGGGCGAGUGCUCGGGUCAGCUUAGUGCCCCCUGUAGCUCGGCGGGCGCAGAUUCACCACCCAGUCAUCACCUCUUCACCCCGGGGCUGGGCAAGAGCGAUGUAAAGUACCACUUUCCACCUGGCGCCAUGCCCCCUCUGCCAGGGCUCUACGGCCAGUCGCUGCCCUUUGGAUUCCCCUACACAAGCCCCUACUUCCACACUGGCGGUAUGGGAGGUCUGUUAAUGGACAGCGAGGACUCUGCGGCGCCCCCGGUGGAGGACAUAAGCAAGUGGAGUGUGGAGGAGGUGUGUGGUUUUGUGGGAGGCCUGGCCGGCUGUGCAGAGUACACCCAGGUGUUUCGGGAGCAGGCCAUCGACGGAGAGACACUCCCGCUGCUCACAGAGGAGCACCUGCUCAACACCAUGGGACUGAAGCUGGGCCCCGCGCUCAAGAUACGCUCACAGGUGGCGCGGCGCGUUGGCAGAAUCUUCUGCAUGACCAGCUUCCCGCUGGCGCUCCCGGUGCCGCCAUCUGCCCUGCGCCCCCCGGACAGGGACCCCCUGCUGUCCGACACCCCUCUGGCGGUCCCACUGCGACCCCCCUCCGUCGCCAGCAGCAGCUCUUCUCCCUACAGUGUCCCUCCGCCCCCGUGUCACUCCUCCCCCAAGCAGGAGAACGGCUCCGCAUCAGGGGUCUACGAGGGGGCCAAGACCCCCUCCUAGGACCCAACUGGCUGCACAGGCAACCUGGACUGUAGAGGAGGAGGAGGGGUGUAGAGAGGGUACAGAGAAACCCCUUGUAACAUACAUUGAAUUGUCCCCAUUUCCUCCCCCUUUGGGCAUAUAUCUCCCUUUGGGUUUGGGGAGUAAACUGUAAAAAAAAAAACAACAACAACAACUAAAGAAAAUGAACUAAACAGACUAAUCAAAGCAGCCCAAUCAACAUCAAGUUCCACUGUGGCUGUAGCCGAGCAGAAUCCAAAGACAUGACUGACAGUGGGCUGGAGGGAGAGACGUCAUGAAGCAACAGAGGGAGAGAGAGAAAGAGGGAACGAGAAAGAGAGGGAGGGUGCAGACAGCUGGUCUCAGUCAGAUUGCCAAAAAAAAGAGCGAAGCCCCACAACUACGACAUUCUUCUGAGUGAGACAGACAGACACUACCGGAAACUAUUCCUUCCUGGGCUGAAAGAAGCCUCUCUCUCUCUCUCUCUGUCUGCUCUCCCAACACACCCGGCGGCGCCCAGCACUUAAAAGAGAGACGCCUCUUCCCUCUUUUCUCUCGCUCCCUUUUCUCCCCACUCCCAGUCUCAGGAGCGCAAACAGCUCAGAGGAACUGAGAAUUCUGGAGGCUGGAGCGAAAGGUCUCCAAACCCCCCUCAUUAUUGCAACUAUGCAUUCCACUGUCCAAAACCAAAGAUGACCGGAUGUGUGGAAUCGGGACGAUAUUUCAUGUUUGUUUCUGGUGUUUUUUUUGUGUUUUUUUGCUUUGUGGGAAAAAUGAGUAGUCUUAGGGAGGUGUGGUACAUAAAGGAGAACAGUGGGCCAGGUACCAUAUAACUGUCUUUAAGAGACAAGGGGGACUCUUUAUAAGGUGACGCAGGUACACACCACAGUGCUGUGCCCAUAAGCCAACAGUCUACGCUGAGUUCUUUCUCUGACACGCCCUGAUAAAAAGGGCGAAAUGUUACUGAUAUGGGACAGUGACGAAACGGUGGCGUUGGCUCGUAGAGCUAAUGUCAUUGUAUAAUCCUGUUAACUACUGUGGGAGAUGCAAACACGCCGAAUUG